UUGAAAGUAAUGUUUAGAUUGCUGAAGCUCAUGCAAACAGUGAAAAUGGAUUCACUCUCUGUUGAAGAGCCUUCUUGCAGUUUACACAGUGAGACACUCAAACUCUUCUGUCUGGAGGACAAACAGCCGGUGUGUUUAGUGUGCAGAGAUUCACAGAAACACGUCAAUCACACAGUCAGACCCAUCAGUGAAGCGGUUUCAUCAUAUAAGGAGGAGCUCAAAACAACACUGAAGUCCUUACGACUUAAACUUACGCAAGGAGUGAAAAUGAGAGAAGAGUUUGAGAAAACAGUUCAACACAUCAAGUCUCAAGCUGAGCACACAGAGCGUCAGAUUAAACAGCAGUUUGAGAAGCUUCAUCAGUUUCUCAGAGACGAAGAAGAAGCUACAAUCACUGCACUGAGGGAGGAAGAGGAGCAGAAGCAGCAGAUGAUGAAGGAGAAGCUGGAGGAGAUCAACAGACACAUCUCAGCUCUUUCACACACAAUCAAAGACACGGAGGAGAUGAUGAAAGCCAAUGACGUCUGCUUUCUAAAGAAGUUUCCAGUCUCAAUGGAAAGAGUCCAGAUCUCAUCACAGCCGGAUCCACAGAUGCCUUCUGGUACUUUGAUUCAUGUGCCAUGCUACUUGGGGAACCUGUCCUUCAGAGUCUGGAAGAAGAUGCAGGACAUCGUCCAAAACACUCCUGUGAUUCUGGAUCCAAACACUGCAAAUCCAUGUCUCCUCCUGUCUGAGGAUCUGACCAGUGUGAGAUACAGUGAGAACAAACGACUGCUUUCUGAUAAUCCAGAGCGAUUCAACUAUUUUAACUGUGUUUUGGGUUCAGAGGGUUUUAACUCAGGAACAUAUUGCUGGGACGUGGAGGUUAAAGAGAGUCAGUAUUGGAGUGUUGGAGUAACUACAGCAUCAAACCAAAGAAAGGGACGUGAUUUCUUUAACACUGAUGUCUGGAGUGUGUGCCAUGGAUUGUGUGAACCGUCUGGUUUUACUGUUAAACAGAAACUUGAGCGUGUGAGAGUGUAUCUGGACUAUGACAGAGGAACGGUGUCAUUCUCUGAUUCUGUAACUAACACACAUCUACACACAUUCACAACCACCUUCACUGACACUAUCUUUCCAUUCUUCUGUAGUAUUUACCAUCUGAGAAUCUUACCGUAUAGCUACAGUACUGUAAUAGUUCGUAAACGUUACACCUGUAGCUCUAAAUUAGUGGGAGUGCAGUGAAAUGAAAACUGCAAAACUUAAUAACCCUGCCCUGGACAGCUUUAUUUGGUUUAUCUCAUCUGGUUAUAGCAUCUGAUUAGGUUGUGUUACGCAUCGCUUAUUUGGUGUCAACCAAAUAAUCAUAAAACCUGGAUUGAACAGUGAA